UGGACCUUUCCCGGCACAUUUCAGGCACAUUUUAACCGCUAAAUGUGAUUCAAUCGACCGCUCAGAGGUCGCUUUCACGUCGCCUAGAAGGAUAUGAGAGGCGUGUGGUUUUAUAAGCGUCCUCACGCCCGCCAGGAUGGACCUCGGCAAAGCGAAGCUGCUGCGGUCGGGCCUCAACGCUCUGCACCGGGCCACCCACCCCGUGCACGGGAUAGCGUGGACGGACGGCAAGCAGGUGUGCCUGACGUCUCUCUUCUUCGUCAACGGCGAGGUGACUUUCGGGGACACCAACGUCAUCGGGCAGUUCGAGCACGUCCUCGGGCUCUCCUGGGGCCCGCUGUGCUGCUCGGACUCCCCGGCCCUGCUGGCCGUCCAGCACAAGAAGCACGUCACCGUGUGGCAGCUGCAGCUCAGCGCGCUGGAGCAGAACAAGCUGCUGUGCACGCAGACCUGCGAGAUGAGCGAGCCUUUCCCCUUGCUCUCCCAGGGCUGCGUGUGGCAUCCUAAACUGGACAUCCUGGUUGUGCUGACCAAGAAGGACGCUUCUUUGCUGUUUUCUGUCAGGGUGGACAACCGGAGGAUCAAGGCGGACAUCAAAGGCAGCGGCCUCAUCCACUGUGCGUGCUGGACUAAGGAUGGCACCCGCCUGGUGGUGGCUCUAGGAAGUUCCCUGCACUCUUACAUCUGGAACGACAUCCAGAAGAGUCUGGUGGCCUGCUCCUUCUGCCCCGUCUUUGACGUUGGGGGCUACAUCUGCGCCAUGGAAGCUACGGGGGAGGCUCAAGUAGCGGUGGCCACGGAGCUGCCGCUGGACAAAAUCUGCGGGUUGAAUGCCGGCAUGGCCUUCGACUUGGCGUCUGAGAGCGAGUCCCUGCACAGCCACGGAUCGAGCACGGUGUUUUCCGAAGAUGACAGCGGCGUGGACUCGAGGAGGAUAUCUUUUGAGUCGGAGAGGUCCUACAUCCCCAGCUCUGGCCCUCUGGACCUCACACACCUCCUGGCGAGGCACCGGCGCUCCGACCCCAGCCCCCUUCUCCACCUGCGUCGCAGGGACACCAUCUCCGGCUCGGGCCAGGACUCCUCGCACCUCAUCCUGGUCACCUACGAGCGCAAAGUGACCACCAGCCGCAAAGUCAGCAUCCCCGGGAUCCUGGUUCCGGACAUCGUGGCUUUCGACCCACGCGGCUCCACGGUGGCGGUGGCCUCCAACACCUGCAACAUGGUGCUGGUGUACUGCAUCACGGCCUCCGCCAUGCCCAACAUCCAGCAGAUCUCCCUGCAGGCCAACGAGAGGCCCAAAGGAGUCUGCUUCCUCAACGACAAGACGCUGCUGCUGAUGUCGGACCGGCAGAAGUCCAACGAGCCGGCCUUCCUCCCGUCCUCUAACACAGACAAAUACGUCCUGCGUCUCGUUGCCAAAGAGCUGAUGCUCAACGGAGAGAUCCCGCUCACGCCCCCGCCCUCCGAUCACAGCCGCGAGCCGCCUUCUAAUUUCGGCCUGAGGAUUAGGAGGCACUCGGAGCACCAGCCUAAAGACGACCGGGAGCACCAGGGGAUAAAGGACCUGGUGCUACCCGGCGGGGGGGUCGUUCGCUCCGGGGCCAACAGGCGGAGGCUGGUGGAGGAGGUGAGGAGCGGCGAGCUCAGCCCCGUCACCAGCUCGGUGGACUUCUCCGACCGAGCCCUGUCCAGCCCCUCCUCGGUCGCGGUGGAGACUUUCGACAUGGACCACGUCAACCGCAUGACCUGCCUGGCGGUGGCCGGCCAGGCCAGCAGGGAGUCCAGCCGGGCCGGCUCUCCCCGCCACGAGCCGUCGGACAAGCUCCACACGGACCCCACGCUGCCCUUUCCCGAAAAGGCGGCGGGCCCCGCCAAGGAGCGCGCGCUGGAGCAGCUGGGUCACAACAUGGAGCGGCUUUUUGCGCGCUUCGCGGACGUGCAGCAGUGCCUGGCGGAAAUCCGAGACUACAACCAGAAUGGCAGGAAGGCCCCGGGGGUCUACCCCGCCGCCUCUGAGCCGCCGUACGUCAACGUCACAUGUCAGAAGCAGUUAUCGGAGAACGUGUUCAUCGACGAGCGGCGGCCGGUGCUGCUGUGUGAUGGGAAGCUGUGUCUGCGUGUUCUGCAGGACCUCUUCAGCCUGACCAUCGUGGAGAUGAUGUAUGGUCCGUUGUGGGUCGUCCUCGUGGCGGACGCAGACGGCUUUGUGCCCCUGACCUUCAAGCCCAAAGAGGAGCUGACGGUGCGCAACGGGAAGAGGAAAACUAACCUGCGGACUCCCGGGAGUCCGGAGAACUCCGUCCCCUCGAGCCCGGCCCCCGGCCAGGGCCCCCCCGCCGCCACGGAGUCCUCCUGACCUCGAUGUGUUUCACUGACAUCACCAAAGUUAUACCUCCGAUGUAUUUUUGUACUGAAGGGCCGCAGCGAUGUUUCAUGUAAACGUUUGGUCUGGUUCUGCAGAAAUCCGACAUUUAAUGAAACGCAUCGAAACCUCCGCAAUGGCUCUUUUGUGCUGAAAGUUCUCGCUCAAACGAAUGUGUUACGCACGUGUUUAGAUUAACAUUGUGAUGCAACAUCCUGGGUUGUAUUUAUGCUAAAAUGUUACCACGGUACCCAGCUGGCCACUAGAGGGGGCCGGACUCCACAGAAACCUCCCUACGCUGCUGUACGUUGUCAAUCAGAACUCCACAGAAGCACAAAUAGGUGUGGAAGUUGUGCGGUUUGGGCAACAGCAUUUUUCAGUAGCGUUUUGAAAUAUUAACCUGCGUAACUAGUGUGCAAUUCUUUCUCUGUAGAAGAAACACACCACCCAUGUUUAUUUGGUCUAUUAACCUCUACAACAUUUAUUUAUUUCAUAUCAUCAGCCCUCAAUAAUCAUAUAUCAUAAAUAAAUAACAGUGUUUUAGAGCCAAACACAGCAAAUGAUGGUAUACAUUCAUUUAUAUAAAUUAGGUAAUCUUAUUAUAUAUUUAUAUAUCCAAGAUGUCUAUACAGUACUUGUGGAAAUGAAACAAAUGUUUACAUUAAAACAAUUUAAACAAUUUCUCAGUGUAAUAUACACUAAUGGUCAAGCUUCCAGCGGAGAUCACUGGAACACGCCGCUUUGAGGAUUCACGUCAUUCAAGAUCCGGGACACACGUUGUUCAAAUCUUCCAUCGUUCUGGAGCCGAUGCUUUGUUUCCUGAGGGAGACGUCAAUCAAAGCAUUAACAUCAGAGGUGGGAAGUAAUUGAUUGACACCGUGAAUGUUUAAAUAGGAAUGAUCCUAUAAUUACGUACUUGAGGGAGAUUUGGCAUUCAUACUUUGGAUACAUUUUACUAAGAAAACUGUGGUACUUGAUUUAAAAGUAAAAAUCUUUGAAUAAAUAUAUUUACAAUGUGGCACUGCUGCUUUUACUUAACUAAUUGAUCUCAAUACUUCCUCCACUGCUGGACAAUAGUAAGUUGGCAUAAUGGAACAGUUCCAAAGUUCAGAUAACAUUUGUGUCUCCAAACUUAAGAAUAAAGUCCUUCAUGCGU